AUGACUGCACAGGCAUCGGCCGCGCCAGAAACCGCCGCACCGCCCGCUGCCGGCGAGCAGAAGAAGCUGUGGGGCGGGCGCUUCACGGGCAAGACAGACCCCCUGAUGGAGAAGUUCAACGAGUCGCUGCCUUUUGACAAACGCAUGUGGGCGGAGGACAUUCGGGGCAGCCAGGCAUAUGCCAAGGCACUCGCCAAGGCCGGCGUCCUCACAGAGGAGGAGGCUGCGACAAUUGUGGAUGGCCUGUCCAAGGUGGCUGGCGAGUGGCAGGCAGGCGCGUUUGAGAUAAAGAGUGGCGAUGAGGACAUCCACACUGCCAAUGAACGCCGCCUGAGCGAGCUGAUUGGUUCCACGGGUGGCAAGCUGCACACAGGGCGCAGCCGCAAUGACCAGGUCGCCACCGACACCCGGCUGUGGCUGUACGGGCAGCUGCAGCUCAUUCGCGCUGCACUGCGUGAGCUGAUUGCGGCGGCGGCAGAUCGCGCAGAGGCAGAGGUGGACGUGCUCAUGCCAGGCUUCACCCACCUGCAGCCAGCACAGACUGUGCGGUGGGGCCACUGGCUGCUGAGCCACGCUGCUUCGUGGCAGCGUGAUGACAUGCGGCUGCGGGAUUUGAUGCCACGUGUUGGCACGCUGCCCCUGGGCUCAGGCGCCCUGGCGGGCAACCCCUUUGGCGUCGACCGGCGCUUCCUGUCCCAGGAGCUGGGCUUUGAGGGCCGGGUGUGCCCCAACUCCAUGGAUGCAGUGAGCGACCGUGACUUCGUGGCCGAGUUCCUGUUUGCCUCCUCAUUGCACCUGGUGCACCUGAGCCGCUGGGCUGAGGACCUUAUUAUCUACUCUUCUGGCCAGUUCAAGUUUGUUCAGUGCAGCGAUGCAUACGCCACAGGCUCCAGCCUGAUGCCCCAGAAGAAGAACCCAGAUGCGCUGGAGCUGAUCCGCGGCAAGGGCGGCAAGAUGAUUGGCAACCUGACGGGCAUGAUGGCGGUGAUCAAGGGCACGCCCACCACCUACAACAAGGACUUCCAGGAGUCGUGGGAGCUGAUGUUUGACACGGUGGACACCACGUACGACUGCGUGCGCAUCGCCACGGGCGUGCUGUCCACGCUGCGCAUCAACCCCGACAAGAUGCUGGCGGGGCUGUCGGGUGACAUGCUGGCCACCGACCUAGCCGAGUACCUGGUCCGCAAGGGUGUGCCAUUCCGCGAGACACACCACAUCAGCGGCGCGGCUGUGAAGCUGGCGGAGGACCGCGGCUGCGAGCUGUCUGCCCUGACGGUGGCCGACCUGCAGGGCAUCCACCCGCUGUUUGCGGAGGAUGUGGUGGAGGUGUGGGACUUCAACCGCUCCGCGGAGAUGCGCGACACCGAGGGCGGGGCUAGCAAGCGGAGCGUCCUGGAGCAGGUGCAGAAGCUGCGGGCCUACCUGGCAGACAGCUGCUGA